CCAUGAUCCUCCACAUAGUUCCAAGAAGGCUGCCACAGCUCCCGACACCAAAGCCUCGUACAAGCAGAAUCCCAACAGGAAAGGAAGGCGGACCAGUUGCUGAUUUCCAUGGACUCAUCCGUAUCACAGCCGCUGCAAAUGGACAUUGCAGACAGAGGAGACACUGAGAGAACGAGAAAGAAGUGGGCUUGCUAGCUUUGACCUCCAGGACCCAGUGUCUAAGCAGAAAGGAAGCUUAGACGAUUGAAGCAACAAAGAAAGAAGGUCUCUUUAGGUCACCUGGGCAUCCUCUUUCUCUGUCUUGCCCAGAUGAAGAAACACAGGAGGAAGGGGUCUGAACCCCUUCCGGAACUUUCCGAGAAGGCCAAAGAGCAGCUGGCUGAGGCAGAGCUACGGAAACUAAGGCAGCAGUUCCGGAAGAUGGUAGAGAGCCGAAAGUCUUCCAAUUUCCGCAACCAGCGGAUGAUCGCCAGCCAGUACAAGGAGAUAGAGAAUUUGAAAGCGGAACAGGCAGAGACCACCUUGCUUCUGAGCCUCGUGAAGUCGCCAAAGAACCUAGACCUCAACCAGAAAAAUUUCACCGAGCUGCGCUUCCUGCUGCAGACCAAGGGGGACUACGAGGCGCUGAUCUCCUCCAUGAAGGUGCUGCUGGGAGAACUGGAUGACAAGAUUGUUCAGAUGGAGAGAAAGAUCACAAACCAGAGACAGAUCUUCUUCAAGACACAAGAGGCCAACAAUCCCCGGAGGCUGCAGAGACAGAUCCACAUCCUGGAGACCAGACUGAACCUGGUCACUGUCCACUUUGACACGAUGUUGACCUCCAAUGCCCAGCUCCGGAAGGAUAUUGAGGAUCUUCUCUUUGAAAAGGCCGCCUACGACCACGUCUACCAGCAGCUUCAGCGGCGUCUGCAGACACAGAAGAAGACCAUGAAUGUGGCCAUUGAGCAGUCUACCCAGGCCUAUGAGCAGAGAGUGGAAGCCAUGGCUCGGAUGGCUGCCAUGAAGGACCGCCAGCAAAAAGACAUCUCUCAGUACAACCUGGAGAUCCGAGAGCUCGAACGCCUGUAUGACCACGAGAACAAACUCAAGUCCUUUCUGCUUGUCAAGCUCAAUGACCGCACGGAAUUCGAGGAGCAGGCCAAGAAGCAGGAAGCUGUCAAAAUUAAGAAGCACGGGAAAAAGAGGAAGGGUGAGAGCUUUGAGAGCUACGAGGUGGCCCAUCUCCGACUGCUAAAGCUGGCUGAGAACGGGGACCUGAACCAGCUCACUGAGGACUUCCUGGCCAAGGAGGAGAAGAAUUUUGCUCGCUUCACCUAUGUCACCGAGCUCAAUAAUGACAUGGAGACCAUGCACAAGAGGACCCAGCGGAUCCAGGAUGACAUCAUCAACCUGCGGUCACAGCAGCAGUCCUCCCAUGAGGGCACCCGGAACGUCCUGAAACAGAUGGAGGAGAAACUGAAGAAGACCACCGAGGACACGGACAUUUAUGAGAACAAGUACAGGGAAAUGAGCAAGACCCUGGAUUACCUCAAGAACUCAGUGGAGAAGCUGUUUAAGAAGAUCAACUGCAAUGCCACGGAGAUCCUGGGGAAACUGGGUGAGACUGGGAAGAUCACGGACAGCAACCUUCAGCAGUACUUCGCUAUCAUAGAAAAGAAGACAAACGACCUCCUGCUUCUGGAGUCUUUCCGGCGCCUGCAGGAGGCAGAGGGGCCCGAUGUUGAUGUCCCACAACCCUUUGUCAACCCCUUCUGGGGGGGCUCUGCCCUCCUCAAGCCCCCAGAGCCCUCAAGGGUUGUGCCGCCUGUGUUUGGGGCAGACUCCUUCAGUGACAAAGUUGAAGAGGUUCCUCACAGAGCUCUGUCCUGGGUGCAGUGGAAUAUCCUCUGGACCACAGUAGCCUCCGGCAGCUGGUCUUGGAGAACUACCUUCAGAAGGAACGCGGAAAAGAACCACAGGAGACACUGUUGGAGAAGGGGGACGAGAUAAGGGUCAAGAAGAAGGUGAUAAGCUGAACCCCGUGGGUGGCUGUAUUCCACACCGAGAAAAUAAAUGUUUUCUUGCCGA